AUGUUGAGGCGUCUGUUUGGUGAGUUAGUGGAGAAGAUUUAAAAAUGCCCCCGAAUCUUCCAAAAUUAAGGCUCAAAACACUUUUUUUUAGAAAAAUCAUACGUCAUGUUUUUUUGUCAUCACAAUAACAAGUAUAAUGGGUGGGAUGUUAUUCAAAAUCAUAAGCGUGAAAAAAUAAGAAUAGUACGGUUGGGUCACAAAAAACUGUUUAUAGUCAUCGUGAAAUUUUUUUUUCGUUGUGAAAAAUCAGAUUUCUUGUGUUUGAAGAUUUUUGAAAUGCCUUCAAAACCUGAAAUUAGUGUGGGAGCCUACAAUUAUGUAUAACCUAAAAAUAUUUUUUUUCUAAAAUUUCUAGACGCUCUUGAAAGUGCUUUGAGCUAUUAUUUUGUUCUACUUUUGAGAAUAAAUUUGAAAUUUAAGAGAACAAAGAAUAUGUUCCUUUAAAUUUGAAGCUAACCUUUUUGAAUAAAUAAUUUAUUCCUAUGUCCCUUUAAACAUUCAAAAUCCAAAUGUGCAUAGUUCAAACUAAAAAUACAUUUUCUGAUUCAUUUUUCUUUAUCAAAAACUCUGCGAAACGUAAUACUAACAUAAAAUAAAGAUUAUUUUCCAUGACGUAUUGAUAUAUUGUGCAUUUCACAAUGAAAACCAUAGCACUUUUUUUUUGCUCGCUGAUUAAUUAGAAACAUGCCAUUAAGACUAUAUUUUUUCGUGGGAAAUAUUUUCAAAAUAAUUCCAAGAUCGCCAAUCAUUGUUCAGGAAUUCUUGUUCUGUUGAUGUUUUUUUUCGCCAAUUUUUUGCUUGAUUAGAAAAUGGGAAUUUUUUUUGUGGGAAUUUUUUUUGGGAAGCCUAGGAAGCCUAGAAAGCCUGAAAGGCCUGAACAGUUUCUUAAAAUUAACUUUUAUCCUGGUUCCGUUAUUGAAGCAAAAUGUGACGUCAUCAUUUUUUUCAAUUUUUUUGAAUAAUAGUUCGGAGUCAGUCAUCAUUUUUGUGUCGCCCCCCAAACAACAAUAAAAACAUUUUCCAGUUUAUUUCGUUUUUCUUUUUCCCCGUUUCCAUAUUCAAAUUUUUUUUGUUGAAUUCAAUUCCAAUUCCAAUUCCACCCACAAAUCAUUUUUUUUUCAAUUCCGCAUUUUUUUUGUUUAAAAAAUUCCUCUCACCAUAGUUACAUACUGUUGUGGAUCUCAAAACGCUCCAUUCUUUUUUAAGACAAAAAACAACAAACCACACAGAAAGAAAAGGCCAAAACAGGAAUAGAAAUUGUCAAAAAUAAAAAAAUGAUUUUUUCAGAUAAUCAAAAUCAAACAAUGUCAGCUGCUGAAAAUUUUCAUGACGUCAUGGAUGUAAGUUUUUUUUCGUGAAGAAAAAAUAUUCUGAUUCUGAGGUUUGAGUAGAGGAGAUGAGAAUUACUAAAAAAAAGCGCAGGUUUCAAAUUUCACCAAUUUGUCUGGAAACCUUUUUCCCUUUUUGUCAUUUUUACACGAUGAUUCGAUGCUUGUUCAAGAAGGUAGGUCUAGAAAAAUUUUUGAAUAUCGAGAGGAAGAUCAAAAUUUUUACCUGAAAAAUCUAGAUUCUCUGAAAAAUAUUACCCAGUAUUUUCCAGGACCAAUUAAUUUUUCUCCAAAUUUCCUGACUGAAAAUCUUAAUUUAAACAAAAAUUCUUCUAUUUUCAAACUUCUGAUCCCCGAGUUCAGGGCGAAUUUUUUUGCACACCUUGAUUUAAUUAAGAAACACUUACUAAAUUAUUAGAGAAAAUCUGCAGAUCAGUGAUCAAAGAAUUGGAUUUUUCGGUGGGAUUUUUUCAUUUCCUUCACAAUUUCCUGUAGUUCUCUAGGAACAUCUAGACUGUCUGAGAUUUUAUGAAAAAUUGAUUUUUUUUCCUCAAAAAUAGGUAGAGGAGAUUAUGAACUCCUAGAUCCAAUGAUCGCAGUCAAUUUUUAAUUUCCUGUAGACCUCUGGAUGUUUUUAGACUGUCUAGAAUUUCUUCAGUUCAAAUUUUAAUAUAAUCGUGAACUUCUAGAAAAAAUGUGCUGAUUUUAAACACUUAAUUUUCAAUAUUCCCCAAAAUUUUUCCAGAAACCCUUGAUACAAAAUAUGAAAAACAGUUAGUCUGACUUGCACAUUCAUAAUUCCUAGAAUCAUCAAAUUUCCCCUGGGUAGCUCUUCUCAAAAGAUGAUUUUGCUUGCUCGCGGCUCGCAAAAAAAUGCUGACAAAAACGACGUCUUUUGGAUAUUAGAACUUGCUAAUCUCUGGUUUUCAAGGGUUUCACAAUGUCAGACGAAAAAAACAAGAAACAACAACUUUGUUAUCUUUAUUUCUUUGUGUCUUCUUCUUCAAUUUCGAAAUAGCACAAACCACGACAAAAAGCAAUUAAUUUUAAUAUCUGCAAUUUGAUUUGACCAAGAAAAUCGUCAUUUUCAAAAAAAAAAUUGUGGUGUCCAAGAAAAAGUUUUGUACAAAAACACAUGUACCUUUAAACUAAUUUUUUUGGGCUGGCCAAAAGAUUGUAGUUUCUCAUAGUCAAGUUCUACUAUUUUUCUACUAAUCUAAAAAUCAUUUUUUUUUCUGACACACGCACAUGGCAAAUAAUAUUCAAUUUCCUUUUUUCAAACAUUUUUUUGAUAACCUGAGCAAUUGAAUGUGAGUGAGGUGCAGCUAGAACUUUUUGAAAAUCGAAAAGUUCAAAUAGAAUUUAUAGAAGUUCAGAAAAUUUAGCCAGAACUUCUAGAAAAUCGAAAAAUCUAGAUAGAACUUUUAGAAAAUCGAAAAGUUCAGAUAGAAUUUAUAGAAGUUCAGAAAAUCCAGAUAGAACUUUUGAAAAAUUGGAAAAUUCAGCUGGACCUUCUAGAAAAACAACAAAAAAACCCGAAAUAAAUUCUGACUGAUUUUUCUCAAAUUCAAAUGUGCUCGCAAUAUUUUUCCAAUUUUCAGAUGUUUUAACUAGAUUUGAAAAACUUCUAAAAGUGUUUGCUGAGUUUUCUGAUCUGAUGAAAAUAAUAACUGAAUUUUCUGAUCUCUCAGAAGUUAUAGCCAAAUUUAUUGAUCUUUCAAUCUUCCAAAAAAAAAAUUUUUUUAACUUUCUAACCUUCCAAAAUCCAGAAUCUUCCUCAAUUUUCAAUUUUUGGCCCGAAUUAAAAAUCAAUCAUUCGAACUUUUGAACAAAGUUUGCUCUAACACACGCAUAUGUGCAAAUAAUAUUCAAUUUCACAUAUUUUUCAUUUUUUUCCAACAUAUUGAUAACCUGAGCAAACUGACCAACUUUUUUUUCACUUUGAAUUUAGUUUGUUUGAAAAUCUGUUGUGUGUGUGUGUCUAUCUAUUUGUGUCUGUAAAUAGUUGUCUCCUCGACCCGGGAAAAGGGCGUUAUAAAACCUUCCUACGACUUUUGCGCUUGGUCGAUUUUGUUUACCAGGAUUUUCUUCGAUAUUUUUGUCGGUGAUUUCGUUUUACAGUAGGCGUUGUUUUUUUUCGUGGAAUAAGAAGAUUAGUGGGUUGAUUUUGAUUGAUUGAUAUAAAUCGAUGAAUGUUUUCAUGGAUUUUUUAAGGUUGUUUUUUUACGCUGAAUAAGAUCUAGAUGGGUUUUCUGAUCUUCUGAAGAUUCCAGCAGUAACUUCUGAAUAAUCAGAAGUUCUAGCUGUAAUUUUUGAUCUCAUAGAAGUUCCAGAUCAAAAAGAAGUUCUAGCUGGGCUUUCUGAUCUUCUGAAAAUUCCAACUGUAACUUCUGAUCAAAUAGAAGUUCUAUUCUGAUUUUUUUCAAUUUUUGUUGAAAACAAAAUCCAGCUCAAAGCCUGAAAUUUUGCCACGUGGAUUUUUGAAUCAAAAAUUUAAAAUUGAACUUCUGAAAUUCCCGGACCAAAAAAUGAAAAUGUAGAUUUUUGCCCUGGAAAGUCGCCAGAGAAAAAUUCCCUCAUGAAAUUUUCUUUUUUUUUUGGAAAAAUAAACAAGAAGAUGUCCUAACUUUUACUGAUUCAUAAUGUUUGACGAAUUCGUCAUGACUCAUAGUAAACGGACACAUUUGAAACGAAAUUGGGCAAAAAAAACCUUUGGAGAAUUGCCAGAGAAAAAAUCACUGUUUCUAGGAUUUUAAUUAGGACUUUCACAAAAAAACAAACUUUGUUUUUGUACCGUAUUUUGUGUUAAAUUGAUCAAUUUCAAAUUCAUAGAACAAAAUUUUCUUAUCAAUUUUUCGUUGACCUAAUCUUUUAAAAAACACAUUUUAUUUCUCCUACUAAUAUAAAGAUGAGCAGAAGAAUAAAAAAAAUUCAUUUUCUCUAUCUUCCGGCAAACCUCCCUCUUUCCCCUCCAAAAAAAUUGUGGGCGGAGCUUUCAAAAAUGGCUGCCUUGCUGGCUGGCUUUAUUAUUUGUCCAGAACAUCACAUUCUUCCAUUUUUUUUCCAAUUUAACAUUUGGGGUUCAUUUUCAUUCUUCUUCUUCAAUGAUUUGAUUUGAUUUUUUUUCAGAUUGGUGACAUUGAAAUGACAAAUCAGCGAGAUGAUUCGAAGGGAGAACGAUCAAUUGUUUUGCUGGGAACAAAGCAUAAGAAAGUUUUUGUGAGUUGCUUUGAAUUGUUCUCACAUUGAAAAAAAAGGAAAAAAGGGGUGCGUGACAAAAUCUUGAGAUUUCUCGAAACCAUAUGACAAACUUAUGUUAGAAUCAACAAGUUGUAGGCUACUUUUUUCGAAAGAGGAAAAGUGAUCAGUGAACAGUUUUUUCGAGGAACAAUCCGAUCAAAAUUCGAUUUGUUACAAACUAGAACAUGAUUUAUGUACAUUGAAUUAAAAAAUUUUUGCAAUAUUUUGGGUACAUUUGGAGUAGUGGGAGUUUUUCGAAAAAUGUUUCCUAAAGGGUUUGGAAGAUUUUUAAAGCCCUGGGGAUUCUUGAAUCUUGAAAGCCCUAGAAGUUAUGAAAAUUUCUGGGAAGCCUAAAACUCUGGGAACUUAUUAGUUCUCUAAGGCCUAAAAAAAUUGGCCGGCCUGAAAUUUCUAGAAAGUCUAGAAUUCCUGGCCUAUAGGAAUCUUCAAAGCUUUCUAGAAAUCCCUGGGAGGCUUCAGAUCUCUGAAAACAUCCAUAGGAAACUCGAAAAAUUUCCUAUAAUCAUAAAAUCUGUCGAAAAAUUUUCUGUCUAGAUUAUUCAAGAAAAACCCCUCGAGACUUUCACUAAUUCAAAAUUUUCUAGAUGACAAAAAUAAAAUUUUUCUGAUCUUGAUUAAUUUUGAAUUAAAAAUAUGUAUAGCAAAAUUUAUUUUUCAAAGAAAAUUCAAAUUUUGAAAAAAAAAUCCCCUUCUUUCCUCCCUCCAAAUAAAGUUUUUUUACAGUUCCAACAACUCUGCGAAUCAGCCCAAAAAUACGAAAAACAUGUCCAUUAUCAAGAUGUUCAUUACCUAACAAUUGAUCAUAUGGGAAAUGAUUAUAUCAUCGAGUUAACCGAUCCAGGAACUGUAAGUUUUUUCUUGUUUUCUUGUUUUCACCCAACCUAAUGUUUACUUUAAAAAUUGUGUAAAUAUAUCUAUUUCACAAGUUUUUUCUUGGGCUAUAAAUAUCGAUUUCCAGACAUUUAUGCUGAAGAAGCCAAACAUUUUUGACUUGGGGGAGAAAAAAGAAAAGAAUAAAUUAUUUAGUUGAGUCUAGUUCGAAAAAACACUGCAUUUUGUGGUGUGUGAUUUUGAAGCGAAUGGAAAAAAUAAAAGUUUUUUUUCAGAAACUAGAAGAGACAAUGUGAAAUUAAGAGAGUGCAGACAUUUUUUUUUGGGAAUUUCAGAUUUUAUUUAUUGGAGAAAGCCAAUUUUUUUGUAGGCUCGAACAGGAGGGCGUGAAAUGGCAAUCCGUAGCGCAGAUUUCGCACUCCUGUAUUAUUCCGCAAAUUCAAUCGAAUCCCUCCAUGCAAUUCAAUCGGUCUCACAAGCUCUUCAACAAAGAAAAAAUGUGAGUUUUCCAAAAAUCAUCACACCUUUCAUACCUACCCGCAAAAUGUCAUAAAUUUAGUAACAAGUUUAUUUGCUUGCUCUUUUUUUCUGCAAGUGGCAGCAGCGAAACUUUUUUGUUACCUGAACGCAUUGCUCCAUGAGCAAAUAUGAGACAGAUGAGCAAUAAAUGAAAUAUUUUUGGAAAUUUUGGGGAAAAGGGGGACAGAUUCGGAACUCCAAAGUUUAAAGAUUUGAAAAAAAUUUCCAGGACUUUUUAAGAGCCAAGACAAGAUCAAAUGGAUAGGCUUAAAAUUGCGAAACAUUUUUAAAGUUGAAAUAUUUUUGAGAAAUUUCAAAUUUUAAAAGAGGAUUGAAAUUUUGAAUUAUUUUAUUGAAAAUUUCAAAAUUUAAAUAUUUUCAAAAAUUUCGUGUAUUUUGAAAAAUUGAAGGUUGUAGGCUUAAAAUUUUCCGAAUUUGAUAAGGAUUUUGAUAAAAUCUUGAAUCCACGUUGUUUCUGAAAUGUUUCAGCUCAAAUUUCAGUGCUUUCAAAAAUCUGAAAAUUUUAAUAAUUUGGCUGAAAAUUUAAAAAAAAACCUAUUAGAUUUUGUAAAAAAAAAAUGUUUUUUGUUUUCUAGGCCUAUCUUCCAAGGGUCAAAAAAUUUAGAUUUGACAGUACAUGAGUGUCUGAGCAUCUCUUGCUCAUAUUAUAUUCGCUUCGAACUUGAAAAUUUUCAUCCGCUUAAAAGAGCCCCUGAUUGCCUAAGAUUUCUGACAAAUCUGAAGUGUUAGGCACAAUUUCCACCUCUGAAAAUCAAUGUUCAUUUUUUUUUCAGAUGCCAAUUCUAAUUGUCUGCGAUUCUGACGAUAUCACAGUUGAUGAAACUUUGUCAGCCAAUACAAGUUCAUCUUCAGAAGGAUAUGAAAGUGAUGAAAGAGAGGGAAUGAGAAGACAUUAUUCGAUGGAACAAAUGAGAAGUAAUUUGGAGGAGAAUGCUGGAGAAGGGGUAAGAUUUUUUUCAAGAUGUUAUUUUUGAGCCAAAAUCUGAGCUUCCAGAAAGCUCAAAAAAUCUCGUUUUUUUUCCAGGGCGAACGUCUUGCUGAAGAGCUUGGAAGUCGAUGUUCAUAUCUAAAAAUCCAAGCAUCGCGCAAAGAAGAUGCUCAAAAAGUUAUAACUCAAAUCAUAUUCACACUUCAAAAAUCGGCUCCGAUAAAAAAUCGAAGAAAGUCAAUAAUCAAAGAGUGAGUAAAAAGGAGCUUUUUUUUGAAAGAAACACAAAACACAGAAAAAAAUACCACUUAAUCUAUUGAACUUUUUAUUUAUCUAGCGAGGGACAAACCGAUUGGUCGUUUUUUUCAUUUUCUUACUUCGCAAAACAAAUAUAAUGUUUUAGGAUACUUCGAAACAAAUCAACUGACAAAAACGCGGACGCAGUUUUUGAAUCGGGAGAGAAUUCGAAGAAAAAGAAAUCGAAAAAUGGAGGUGACGAUUCAAAAGUUUGCAGCAUCAUGUGA